GUGACUCUAACUUUGAAGUUAGUCUGACGAUCAAUCAUGUGAUUUAAAAUAACUUGAUCUUAUUGUUUUUUUUUUUUAGAUAAAAUGAACGUCAGUCUGUUUUUGUUAAGUUUAUUAUUGAGUGAGAUUUAUUGUGGUGUUAUAAAUGAUUUGUACAAAGUGGACAUAAUACAUUAUAAUGAUUUCCAUGCGAGAUUCGAGGAGACUGCACUUUUAUAUCCUGUAUGCACAUCAAACAACACCGAUUGUUUAGGUGGCUUCGCCCGAUUAUACCACGAAGUCCAAACGUUACUAAAAGAGAAACCAGACGCUCUUGUGUUAAAUGCUGGCGAUGUAUUUCAAGGCACGUAUUGGUACACGCUCAUGAAGUGGAAUGUGACGCAAAAGUUUAUUAAUAUGCUGCCUAAUGAUGCACAUGCAAUUGGUAACCAUGAGUAUGAUGAUGGGCCGGUGGGCCUAGCGCCGUACCUUGCAGCACUCCGAGCCCCCGUGCUAGCAGCCAAUAUGGAUACAAGUGAAGAACCUUCUUUAAACGGACUUUAUAAGCCGCAUAUAGUAAUUGAAAGAAAAGGAAGGAAAAUUGGAAUCAUAGGACUUAUCACUACAGCCACUGCCUCAUCAUCGAAUUCACACAAUGUGAUAUUUUUGGAUCCAGUAGAAACGGCUAGAAAAGAAGCCAAACUACUGACAGACGAGGGGGUGGAUAUUAUCAUAGUAUUAUCACAUUGUGGUUUAGAUGUAGAUAGGAAAAUAGCAAAUGAAGUAGGAGAAAACAUAGAUAUUAUAGUGGGAGGUCAUACACACAGUCUUCUCUGGAAUGGAGAUCCGCCUAGUGGGGAGAAUAUAUCGGGGCCUUACCCAAUCAUCGAAAAGAGUUUUAAAAAUCCUAAUCAUAAUGUAGUCAUCGUGACAGCAUCGGCAUUUACAAAAUACUUAGGAAAUACAACAGUGUAUUUCGACAAAACAGGAGAAAUGGUAUCAUAUGACGGCGAGCCAGUUUACCUGAACAGGUCAAUUGCAGAGGAUGCAGAAAUGAAAUCAUUGAUGCAACCGUAUACGGACUAUGUCCACAGUCUCGUCGAUGAAGUGAUAGGGACAGCUGAUGCCGACUUUCUCGGCACGAUGUGUGGCGCAAAGGAGUGCGAGCUCGGAAAUCUUAUAGCGGAUUCAUUCUUGUAUGCAGGAAAACAGAUGAAUGUGUCUGACCUACCUCAUGUAACAUUUUUAUUGCGAAAUAUGAUCAGAGGCGCAUUUAGCCGGGGAAACAUAACCCGUGGCGCAAUAAUAAACGCUCUGCCCUUUACCAAUAAGUUAGUUACCUUGUCCUUACCUGGAAGAUACUUAGUGGAGGCAUUGGCGCAUUGUAUGGAUAUGUAUUGGGAGGCGAAACCUUUCAACGGGCCCUGGAUGCCGCAAGUGGCUGGAAUGCGAGUCACUUUAAAUACAGUAACGAAGACAGUUGAAGUAUCAAUAAAAAAAGGAGUUGAGUAUGUAGCUUUGGACCCUGAACGAAACUACCAAGUAAUCACUAUGGACUUUUUAUCUAAAGGCAAAAACGGAUUUGAGAUGUUUGCGGAGCACGGAAAAAACGUAACAUAUAUCGGUAAAGAUGCUGAAAUACUGGAAAAUUACAUCAAAAUGUCACCUCAAGUAACACCACAUUUGGAUAACAGACUGACAGUUAUAAAUUAACUACAUACAUAAUAAUGCACGUAAAUCGAAUAUAAUGAGUUAAUUUCGAAUCUAAUACUCAAUAUGAUAAUGCCGCAUAAUUGUUAAUCCAUAGUUUUUCAAUUUACCUACCUCAAUAAGAUUCAAUUUCACUCAACUUUAAAGCAAAUAUUAAACAUUAGGCAAACAAUAAAA